AAAAAUUCACAGAAAUCAUUUUUCACUGAAGAUUGGUGGAAAACUUUGAACGACCUUUGGAACAAAAAGAAAUCAUGGAAGCCGCUCCCAAGUGAUAUUUCUUUCGAGCUAAAGGAAAUUGAAACAUUGGCAAAAACCAAUAUAAAGUUUGCCUAUGUGAAGUCUUUGGAGAUGCAAGCGAAGUAUGCUUUUAGUGAAAAUGAAGAAUACUUCAAAGUUUACUCUUCCAUGUAUGUUAUAAUAUCGUACUCCGUACAAAUAGCCCAGGUAGAAGGCCAGAUAAACUCUUUAUGUUUAAUGGACAACGGCCUAUAUGUGGCAAUAAAAGUUGGGUCGUUGAGACUGCCCACGUCAGGCCAUGAGCUUCGCCAUGCGCGUGUAGUUUUGAAGAGGUUGUACAAUCUCAAGGUAAAGUUAUGGAUGCUCUUUUGUUGUGUUCAUAUAUUAAUAUAUGGUUAUAGGAUUCUACUGCAGCUUUGGCAGUCAUCCACUCUUCCAUAG